AUGUCCGCAGCACGUCGAACAACGGCAACUCCGCGUUCUACGCCUUCAAGACAAAAAACCCCGGCAGCGGGCCGAGCAACGUCUUCCAAUUCUGACAAUCGGCAGCCUUCGUCCGUGCGGGAGGCUAUUGCCCAGGCUAGAGCAAGACAAUCGAGCGCGAAAAAAGCUGCCAGUCAUCAAGAUCAAGAUGAAGAGGUUGUUGGCGGAAGAAGUCUGAAAGUUAUUAUCAAGCAGGCGCGAUCGUCCGGACGUCUGAACAUUACCAACAGAUCUUUGAAAGAAAUUCCCGAGGAAGUCUGGAAAAUGUAUGAUACCGACUCAAGCACUGUCAAUCUUGACUUUAGCAGCAGUUCCGCGGAAAAUUGGUAUGAGGCGAUUGAUUUGACACGAUUAGUGGCAGCUGAUAACUUGAUUGAACAUAUUGAUAAAAGAAUAAUGGAGUUCGGUGCUUUGGUUUUUGUUGAUCUACAUAAUAACAAUCUUUCAUCUCUCCCGGUGGAAUUUGGCGAGCUGAAGAGUCUCACAACGCUAAAUUUAUCAGCCAACAAAUUCACACAACUUCCAAGUUGUAUUGUGAAAUUAUCUUCGCUUGUUGAUCUUCAGCUCGCUUCUAAUGGGCUUUCUGGAACGUUAGAUUCUUCCUUUGGAAAUUUAACGAAAUUGGAGUUUCUUGAUAUUUCAUCCAACGAGAUUUCUGGCCUUCCGGAAGAAUUUAAAAAUUUAAAGAAUCUUCGUAAGCUGUUUGUGCGAAAGAACAAACUGAAGGCUUUACCGGGACUCGCCUUGGUUGGAAUGACGAAAUUGGAGGAGUUGGAAGCCAGCGAAAAUCGGAUCGAGACCAUCUUCCAAGAGGUAGUUGAUGGACAGCCAGUUCAACUUGAGUCAUUGAAGCGUCUAGACCUGCGGAAUAACCGCUUGGUGGCUCUCGACAAAUCCGAGGACGCUACAAUGUUUAAGCCGACACUGUCUAUACCGAAAUUAAAGGAGCUUUUGAUAUCGUCCAACAGAUUAAAAUCAGUAGGACCUUUAUUGCACACUACGUCUGAAUUGGAAAUAUUGGAUAUUUCUGAAAAUUUAUUUGAAGAAUUGCCAGAUGGAUUGAUUGCUUUGAAACAGCUGAAGAGAUUGGAUUUGCGAAAUAAUGCAUUGAAAGAACUAGCGCCAGAAUUAGGGAUGAUGACAUCCUUGGAUGUGCUUAGUUGGGAAGGUAACCCGUUAAGGAGCGCGCCCAGAGGAUCGAAUUCCACAGUGGCAUUACUCCAAUCGCUGAGAGACCGAUUGGCUGCCGUUGAUCUUGAAAGUAUUCAGGGGCCUACUAUUCCCGAUUCCACUACUAGCCGGCGCGUCGGAGAUCAUUCGCUUGGAACCUUUAAUCAGCAAGCAGCAGCCUCUAAAAUCCUUGAUCUCUCCAAGAAAUCUCUUUCUAAUCUAUCCGAUGACGAUCUUGAGGCACUUCCAUUUGAACCAAUUACGAUACGACUCAGUUUUAAUGAAUUUUCUAAUAUUCCCCGCUCCUUGUUUACGUUAUCUUUUAGCAACGUGCUUACUACAUUGCAACUUGAUCACAACAAACUCACGACAUUUCCUCUGUAUCCGCCUGAUUUACCCGAGUCGGAAUGGACUCCCUUACCGAAUCUAACUACCCUCGAUCUAUCAGCAAAUCAAAUAACGUCUAUUCCCGAUGGUUCGUCGCCAAAGCCCUUUCCUAAUUUGCAGACUUUGAACCUAAACCAGAAUCGUAUUUCAUCGCUUCCUCCUAAACUUGCGUGGCCUAAACUGACAUCACUGUUGGUUUCUAUGAACCUGUUGUCAGAGAUUACGCCAUCGACGUUUGAGGGUUUGGAAGUCUUGGAUUUAUCAAAUAAUAAUAUAGGCCAUCUACCUCCAGAACUGGGCAAUGUGACGACUAUCAAGACCUUGUCUGUUGAAGGGAACACCUUUAGAGUGCCACGUUAUCCCAUCGUUCAGAGAGGCACGGCGGCGAUUAUGGAGUAUUUGAGGGGAAGAAUUCCCAAGUGA